AUGUGCGAAACAACUUUCAUUGGGAGAGCUAGCGAUGGCCUAAUUCUUACUGAGACUUGGGAUGAUUUAAGCUCUAAUAGGUCACUACAAAGUUAUAAGCAUCAAGCUAAACAAAUAUUGAAGAGUAUUGGGAAUGAUAAGGGAGUAGAAAAGUGUUCUAUUGAUAGUGGCAAUUAUGUUUUCCACUAUAUUGUGGAUGAUGGUAUUAUUUAUAUGACUUUGUCGGGAAAGUCAUACCCUAAGAAGUUAGCUUUUUCUUUUCUUGAUGAAAUAAAAAGGUUAUUUAUUGAAGAACUAAGGAGGGAAUUUGCAAAUAGAAGUGAAUUUAGCACCUUAAUAAAUUCAAUAGAUAAACCUUACUAUUUCAUAAAGUUUGACCGAAUAAUACAACGGUGCAAAUCAGAGUAUAAAGAUCCUAACUCAAACAAAUCAUUGCAAAAACUAAAUGACUCUUUAAUUGAGGUAACUAAUAUAAUGAGGAGAAAUGUAGAUGAUAUUUUACUUAGAGGUGAAAAUCUUAAUGAUGUUGAAAGAAAAGCCAACGAUUUAAAAUUUGCAUCACUAGAAUUUUCUAGAGCUGCGAAAAAACUUUCAUUUCACGCACUAAUUCAAAAGUACGCACCCAUAUUGGCUAUAUUGGUUAUAAUUUUUGUCAUUAUCAUUUGGAAGCUUAUUUUAUAG